GGCUUGUUUCUAUGGCAGCUAUUUCCAGCCUUUUAACAUCCCACCUUCCCCCUAUCCCCGUGUGGCAAUAAGAGGAAAAGAAGAGUGUUGUGACACCCACCACGAUGGCUUCGUUUCCUGUCUUGAAGCAAGAGACGUUGUUCCAGAACGGUACCUGGAGCUAUCGAAUUCCAGCCCUGCUCUAUCUGCCGCGUUUCAGCAUCAUCCUGGCAUUUGCUGAGGAACGAGAGGAUGUGGUGGAUGAACAUGCCAAGCUAAUAGCGAUGCGCAGAGGCCUGUAUGACCCAACCACGCACCAUGUUCAGUGGAAUAGCAUGGAGACCAUUGUCAGUGCGCAGCUGAAAGACCACCGAUCUAUGAACCCCUGUCCUGUUUAUGAUGAGGUCUCAGGGAAACUGUUCCUGUUCUUCAUAGCCGUCCCAGGAAAGAUCUCUGAGCAGCAUCAGCUCAGGACAAAGAUCAACCUGGUACGUCUCUGCUAUGUCACUAGCAUGGACCAAGGACGCACCUGGAGCACUGCCCAGGAUGUCACCAAUGGUACCAUUAGCACUGAGUACAAGAACUGGGCCACUUUUGCAGUGGGGCCGGGUCAUGGAUUACAAUUGCUCAACGAGGCCCGGAGCCUUGUGAUUCCUGCCUAUGCCUAUCGUAUCUUGGACCCUAAGCAACACCCCACCCCUCAUGCCUUCUGCUUCAUCAGCUCUGACCACGGGACAACGUGGGAGAUGGGUAACUUCGUGGGGGAGGAGAGCGCAGUGGAGUGCCAGGUAGCGGAGGUGCACACCUGUGGCAGGAAGGUCCUCUACUGCAAUGCAAGGAGCAGCAGGGGAGCCAGAAUCCAGGCUGUCAGCUACAACCACGGGGUGGAUUUUGAGGGAGGCCAGCGGGUUGAAAUGCUAGUAGAACCUCCCUCUGGAUGUCACGGAAGUGUUACUGCCUUCCCACCUCCCCCUGAUGCCAGAUGCCAAGAUAGCUGGUUGCUCUAUGCUCAUCCUACAGACCCAAAGGGUCGAAGAGAUUUAGGAAUUUACCUCAACAAAAGCCCUUUAAAUCCAGCACGCUGGACAAAACCAAGCAUCCUCUUCAAGGGCCUGUGUGCUUAUUCGGAUCUGCAGUACAUGGGGAUUGGGCCAGAUGGCUCACCCUUGUUCUCCUGCCUCUUUGAAUAUGGGACCCACCAACAAUGUGAAGAGAUAAUCUUUGUAAUGUUCACUUUGAAGCAAGCCUUUCCAUCAGAGCACUGAGUCUUGAGCCUUUCCAUCAGUGUCCCUCUGAAAACCACCUUUGCUGAUACUUCUUUUCACUGUCACUUCUCAUCUUUCAGCAAAAGGUUUUUUGUAUUCCUCCUGCACCCUUAGUUUGGCAUUGGCUUGUGGCGUCUAUAGAUUACGAAGUCUAUUAAACAUACU